CAAUUUCGGUUUCAAGUCAUUUAGAUUUUUUUUAUAAAGCAAAAAAUAAAUAAACUUUACAUGAAGUAAAUGAGAAACAGCUCCUGACUUCAGAGUUGUGCAAGCUUUAAAAAAUUUCACUUCCAACUACUAAUAAUACCAAGUAUGACGUAGCCACGUCCAGUCUGGUGCAUGCAUUCCCGUCGGUUCUGAAGCAGACCUCCCACUCCAACCACGAAGCACCACCCCACUCGAUUUGAAACGCCUUCUGGACAAAAGCAGUGUCCCUUUAAAAAAAUACAUAUGAAAUCUAUCGUCUUGAUCAGAUGGCAUCUCAUUAACUGGAGCUGGAUGCCUCUGGCAGCUGGUUUCCACAUCAUGGCUGAGUUCGCCGAGGUCCUGAACCAGGUCAGGUUGGUUCUUACUGUAGCUCUGCCCGGCGAGGUUCACGCUCUGCUGGAGGGUCUGGUGGAAGAGGGGAUCAUCUCGGAGGCAUACAGGAACAGUCUGAAUCUGCACUGGCUGAAUGAUGGCAUUGUGCCUAAAUUCACGAGUAAACCAGGAUGUGUCGAGCUGGAUGAGGACUUAAAUUCUCCAGGAUCCGUGGCUCAGUUGGACCUCAACCAAAAACCGAUGAGCCAAGUGAGGACAGGCGGAUCGAAAUCUCUUGCUAGUGACCACAAUGUGGAACAAACGGAACCGAUCUCAUUAAUAAAGGAACCAAACAACACAAGACUUAACCUGGGAAAGAACAAGUGGCUCCAACAUGAAAAUCUUCAGAGAAAUCAGGAGGAAAUGCAGGAAUUAUUGGAAGAAGUUCUAAUGGACUUGUCCUGUUUGAAUCAAGACCCUCUUUCUUUACUGUCGGUGUAUGACUGCACUCUCAGAUCCAGUGAUGAAAAAGCAGAACUGCUGAGCGGUGCAAGCAGCGAGCAUUCUUGUGAUAAUGAAAGCAUAAAUAAGGGGAAUGAGGAAAGUGAGGAGGUGUGGUUACAGCAGGUAGAGGAAUCAGCUAGGAGGAUAGCUGUUCCUCUAUGGCAGAACUGGGACCGAGGGCGAGGGAUGUUGCAGACCUUGCUGCCCUGUGUGCCAAACGGCUGUUCAAUAAGCGACAGGAUGAUGCCAGAGGGUGAAGCCCAGAGUGCCAUUUUGGACAUGAAGGAGGAAAUGGAGCUUGCAGCCGCUUGCAGCUCGCUUGACGCCUGCGUUGGCGACUUUGAGUGCGAAGAGCUAAGCUUUGCCUGUGACACAGAUGCAGGCAGGUCAGAACGAGAAGCGCUUCACUUCUCUACCCUCGACGGAGUUGCUGUGUUCAACACGGACGAUUCCAGGGUCCUUGCAGCAACAAGAGAUGCCUCACCUGUUGAAGCCUGCAAAGCAACUGAGGCGAGAUACAACACCCAAAUGCUGGAGGGUCAAUUCGAUGUUCUGUGUCCAGUCGGCAAGAUGGCAGACAAAGUGGAUGACCUGUUCUGUUUUACGGCAGACGCACCAUAUCAACAAUGUGGAACAGGGUCAGGACUGUCGGAAAACACUUUCAGGGACCUGCUCCAUUCAGAUGUGCCUGAAGACAGCAGAACUGUUCUACAAGAUACCUCUCUUUAUAGUCUCACAGAAGGAUUAAAAGAUUAUCUAGAAGAUGCAGAAGUGUAUAUUGUAGGCCAAGAUAGAGAAUUACAAGAAAAGACGGAUUUACAUUGUGAUGCCAAGAUGCAAGAAUACGACCAGGACUCCUCGGGCCUGUUGGAUUUGGUUUCAGGUUAUAUAUCGGACCUUUUGAGGGAUGAUGACUAUUUAGCUUCUCAGCUGGAUCCAAAUGUGCUCUUCAGUCAUGACCUGGGGCCUGACUGCUUUGAUGACAUCAUCCAAAAGAGUGACACUGCCGUGGCACUGGAGGCCUCUGAUACUGCUAACCACAGCGAGCAGAGAGAGCAGCAGAAGCCAACGGACAAAAUAAAACCUAAGAGAAAAAGACAGAGAGAUGCCCUGUCUACACAGUGCACCAAUGGAAUCUCCAGAGACUCCAGAGUGAAAAGGCGAAAAGCGACAGAACCACCAAAAACCCAAGAAGAAACUGCUGAGCCACCUGCCAUUCAUGAUACUGAAGCAGUGACAGUUCCAGCAAAGUCUGUGGGAUGUCUUCCCACCACUCCUCCAGGCAACCUCCUCGUGUUCCCACCUCAGUCAGCUAAUUCCAUUCCCAUUCAGUUCAUCACAAUCCCAGACCCCUCUGCUUAUAAGGUGGUCCAGCUGUCCUCCUCCCCUCCACCGCUUAUUAGGCUCCCACUCCCGAACACAGCUGCUGCGCCGACGUACAUCUUCGUUCCUAAUCCCUCUCCGACCCGCAAACGCCAGGUUCCACCGCUCUCUCCAGCGGACGGUGCAGUGGCGCCCUUUCUGAUGAGCUCAUUUCAACCAGGUUCCAUGUCGGAUACAGCCAGCAAAGUCACGUCCCCCACUGCAGCUCCUCCGUCCCCCACAAACGAGGUAUCCCCAUGUAAGGAGUCGCCAAAGUCCCCUGUGGUUGUGGAAAUACCCCAGGCUGUGAGGGAUUACAUCCAGCAGUCAAAAAUACACAUGAGUCAGGCUUGCCAGUGUAUGGAGGCAGGCCUGAGGCUGAACUCCCAUUAUGUGAACGUGAGUGUGAGCCAGAGAGAGAUCGCUCGCUCUGGAAAAAACACGAAUAGAUGUCUGGACAAGGAGCUCAUCAUAACUGGAGAUAUAGACCGCCAAAAGAGCUCCCUGGGGCAGAGUCAGAUCUUUGACAGCCUGAACGGGAAACGCUACAACGUGCUGUUGGGCAACGCUGGCAUGGGGAAAACAACUGUGAUCAAGAAGCUGUGUCUCGACUGGUCCAGAGACUGCAUCCCUCAGUUUGACUUUGUCUUUCUAUUAGACGGCAAACAGCUCGCUUUAACAGAGCCUGUCCACAGCCUCCAGUCGCUGCUGCUCAGUCAGUCCUCCUUCGCUCCACACUGCGCGGAUCCUGAAGGAGUUUAUGCUCAGAUCCUCGCAGCUCCUAAAAGGGUGCUUAUUGUUUUUGAUGGAUUUGAUGAGCUGCGGCACUACGAAACUCUGCUCCAGACUCAGAAGAAGGAGUUGGUAGCCUCACUGCAAAAAGACAGCAAAGCCCAGGCCUUCACAGUGAAGCAGCUGUUCUCCAGCAUUCUUCAGAGGGUCCUGCUUCCAGGCUGCACGCUCCUCCUCGCCACCCGCCCAAGAGGCACGGCGAGCCAGUUGCUCCGCCGCGCGGACAGCUUUCUGGAAGUCUGCGGCUUCACUCCUGCCAACGUGGAGACGUACGUUUCCCAAUACUUCUCCGAUCCUGAACUUAGGGAAUCUGCUUUGGACUUCUUAAAAAGCAGCAGGUACCUCAAUCUCCUCUGCUGGAACCCGGGUCUCUGCCACUUGGUGUGCACAGCUUUAGAACAGUGCAAAAGUGAGGAUGCCUUACCAAGAACUUUAACUGCACUCUGUCAUAAGGUGCUCUGCUUGAAAAUGGAAAAAGACAGAGGAAGCACAGAGUUACUUCUCGAGGGCGAGAAAAUAAACACGGUUGGACCCGUGGAAAAUACAAGCAUUUCUAACAAUUCUCCAGGGACGAGAGUACGGAAAAAUAAUCGUACAAGGCCCAGAGUGGUAGCGUGCACUGCUUCUGGUAAACAAAGAGCAAGGAAGACGAAGGGACAGAAGAAACUGGAUGAGGAGAAUGUUUGCCAGGACACCAACAGAACAGAGUUGCUGUCCCAGCUUUGCUCUUUAGCCUGGGAGGGGGUGAAAUCCAACACAUCGGCUGUUCCCAAAGGACGAACUGUCUCCACCAAACUCAGAGCCUUCAGCUUGAGGACGGGCCUGCUACUUUCUCAGUCCCUCAUGAAAAGGACACCUUCCAAAAGAGAGGAGACGGAGGGAGGAGGAGAAGUUGACAAUGGGAUAGAAGAAGUGGAGGACGAAGAGAACAAAGAAAAGGGAGGAAACCCACAAACGUCUGAUGAAUGUGAAGAUAGGAUCCUGUCGUGGGCAAAUCCUUUCCUUCAGAGUUACAUGGCUGCUGUCCAUUUGUCUUUGUCAAGGACUGUGACAGACCACUCCUUUCUCCAGACCCUGCCUUUCCAGACGGCUGCAAAAGGCCGACGGAAACCUCAGAGGGAGGAGAUGGAGCUGACGCAGCGGAUCGCUGCAGGCCUCCUGUUCCACAACAGGACAGAGCUACAGAGUCUUCAUUCAUACUCGGAAACAGUCUUCAGAGACAUGGUUGCCAGUAAGCAGGCUAUGGUGAUGAAACACCUAGAAGGUCUGUGCUUUGGGGAUUUGAACUCAGCUCAGAUCCUGGAGGUGUGCAACUACGUCUACGAAGCAAGUUUCACAUACCAAGAGAGUGGGAAGGACACCAGUGCCAAAAUGCUGACCCAUUUGGCAUCAAAUCUCCCUGAACUCCUAACAUUUCGGGGCGUUCCCCUCAACCCGCCGGAUGUGUUCGCUGUACAAAACGCUCUCAGGAUGGGUGGCGCUGAGGGCAGGAGUUUCUGUUUGGAUCUGGAAGACUCUGGGAUACAGAUCUGUGGACUUAGAUCGUUAGUGGCCCUCGGCAACAUCAAUACAUACAGGGCCUGCAUAGCAGACGUCGUCACCCUGUGGGAGGAGCUGGAGAAGAGGAGUGACGAAGGCCUCCUGCAGGAUGCGGUGUCCAAGUUCAAGAUCCAUCCUCUGAAAGCCACUCAGGUCUGUCACAUGGAGCACCUGGAAAGGCUCGUCGGCAUACACACCAGCAAGAGGCUCUCGGACAGCCCCUGCCAAUCAAAUUCCCUCCUGGCAGAAGGGGUGCCAGCAGUCAAAGAGCUGUACAAGCUGGAGUUUGAGCUUGGCCCAGAAAACAGUUCCUUGGCUCUUCCCAAACUGUGGGACCUUCUCCCUGGGCUCCAUAACCUGCAGCACUUGGAGGUGGAAAACAGUAAGAUCGGAGACAAAGGAGCAGAGAAACUGGCAAGUGCAUUAGUCUCUCUUCGCUCACUGGAAGUACUAAAUUUGUCCGAGAACUGCAUAGGUGACCAGGGUGUGAAGAAGCUAGCUCUCACCUUGAAGGACCUGCCCAGACUGCACUGUUUAAGUCUGUACAGUAAUGUGAUUUCCGACGAAGGGGCAGAGAGUUUAGCAGCUGUCCUCCCACACAUGGCAUCGCUUACAGACCUCGACAUUAAAUAUAACAAGAUGACGGAUAUUGGAGCACAAAGCUUGGGAGCCAGUUUGAGAAAGUGCUCUAAAGUUAAGACUUUGAGGAUGUGGAACCAGUGUAUCCCAUAUGGAGUUUUUGAGAGACUUAAGCAGCAGGACAGCCGCAUCCUCUGGCAAUAAUAUGGUCCUUAAGAAAAGAAAAA